AUGCACGGAACGACGGGUUUGCCGCUGGUUUUGGUGGAGCCAAGCUCUGUGGAGUGGGAUGCGGUGUCUGCGUACUUGGGUUUGUGUGCGCGGUCCUCGAAGGCGCAGAUAACGGCGAUGUGGCGCGUGGCGAGUACGGGAACGGAGAUUGGGUUCGAGAAGCGUCGCGUGGAUAAGUUUACGGUGCCGUGCUGGAUUUCGGUGAGCGAGUUGGGUGGUGAGAAUAAGAAGAGCGACGUGUGUCGACGGGGGUUCGUGUUGGGUGAGGAGGGGAUCACGGUUAAGUUCGGGCGGCUGGACUUGCCGGUGAUGGGUAGCCGCGGGGUGGGGGGCGAUUCGGGCCCGGGUUUGGUGGGUGGCGAGUCGGGUUCGUUUGCCGGUUGGAUUGAUUCCACAGAGCACCAGCCGGACAAGAUAUCAUACGACUUGUUGUUUUGCGAUGUGUGCGUUGGGGUGCCCUACACCGUGAGUUCGUGGGCGGAGGCCAAGUAUGUGAAGCGAAUUUCGCUGCCGCCGGACUACGACUCAUUGUUGGUGAUAAAUAGCGCGGCGGUGCACAGCUCGGCCGCGGGUCCUGAAGGAUCGGACCGGGCGAGUGCGGCCUAUUUGGACUUCCGAUUGCUGGACACGACGUCAGGGCUAGGAGGCCGCGAGGAUGAGUUGUUGCCCAAGAGUCUUCACAAGGGCAUCGAGAUCCGGGUUUUCGACAGCACGCAGAUCUCGCCACGUUUCCUAGUGACCGUCGAUGUGUACCCCUUAACGAAGGAGGCCUUCGGGAUCCCCGUGUGCAGUCAUUGUCGUCAGAGUCCUGCGGAGAUGUACUGCGUGGCGGACGAUGCACGGCUUUGUGCGGGCUGCAACGAGGCGUUGCAUGUGGACAACAAAAUUUUGAGUCGGCACUUACGUGUCCCGCUGAACCAGGCGCCGCCGGAAACGAUGGGGCAGUGUACAGUGCAUCGGCAGGAGGAGUGUGAGUAUUAUUGCCUGGUGUGCGAGACGCCGAUUUGUGUGCUCUGUAAGAACGCGCACCUACACGGACAGCCGGAUCCGCCGCUGGUGCCGUUGCUGGACGCGUAUCACGGCAUUCUAGCCGAUUACGCACGGCACAAAGGCGAGGAGUUCGCUCAGGGUCUCGAAGACUCGAGCUUCGUCGGUCCCACAGCCAACACCAUACGACUCAGGAAACAAAAAGUCGCCGAACGAAUCGCGGAUAUAGACGCCCUCAUCGAACAGUGUGAACAAAGCACACGUGAAGCUAAGGAAGCCGCACACCGCAUCGUGCAAAGCGCAGUCGACCAACUCAUGUAUUGGUGCGAGAGAAACGUCGCAGACAGCCUCGGUCGCCGCCUCUGCCAAGCACGUAAAUUACAGGAACUGCAUAAAGGACGCAUAUUCAUCGACUAUCUCAAAAGCGUACUACCGCCUGCAGACUUCCUUAGGCACUGGCUACACCACUGCCGUGCCGUCAAAGAACUCCUGCUCACCGACGACGACGAAGACCACUCUCUUGAUCUCGCCACAACCCUCACCGCCGCCCCGCCCCUCCUUAAACUCGAAGGCAGCAUCAACAUCGCCAGCGAUUAA